AGGGGUCUGGGGCCGAGGGGGGCUCCGACCGCAAAACAGCACCAGUAACCUUAUCUGCAGGGAUCAUUAACCUUUCUGGAAAAGGCAGCUGGCUGUGCUCUGAGGUUUGUCCUCAGAAUGUGAGGAGAGCCACACAGAUACCGCAGAGACUGUUCAAAGACUGCUGGGUUUACCUUGCGAGCUUUUGCUCCACCGUGGCGUGGCAGAAAAAUGAGAUUGCAACAAUUCUUUUUUCUGUUUCUUGUUUUUAUGAUGAGUCUUCUACUUAUCCAAGGACAGAGACCAGCUGACGCGGCAAUGAGAAGAAAGCUGCACAGGCGCCACUGCCUGCAGAGGAGAUGGAUGCCUCUCCAUUCCCGAGUGCCCUUCCCCUGAGGACCUGUACAGAGUGUCCAACUGCCCACCCGGAACCAGCUCAGCUGCCCUGCAGACACCUGAAGCCCAUGGCCACAGUGCACAUGCAGACCUCCACCACGGCUUCUGCACAGCUGCUCCUGUAACUCAGCUCUCUGGUCCAAUGCCGUGCAUGUCAUC